AUGAGCGCCACCCUCCUCCGCGCCCUCGUCGCCAUCGUCGCCUCGCCGUUCCUGCUCCUCGUCCUCGCGUGGGCGCUGCCGCCGGGAAGCAAGCCUGCGACGAUGCUGUCGUUUGUGGCGCGCGCGCUGACGUCGGUGACGGCGCUGAUCGUGGCGGCGUGCUACGGGGUGGUCAGCAGCGCGGUGCUGCGGACGGCGGGGCACGGCGGGCUGAGCCAGUGGACGACGGCGCGCGCGUUCAAGUGGCUGAUGUGGUUCGGCGUCGGGGUGGGCUUCGUCGUGGUCGAGGGCGAGGAGCAUUUGUCGGAGCGGCCCGCCGUUUUUGUCGGGAAUCAUCAGACUGAGCUUGACGUCCUCAUGCUUGGAUGCGUCUUCCCCAAGUACUGCAGCGUCACCGCCAAGAAGAGUCUGAAGUACACUCCCUUCCUCGGAUGGUUCAUGACCUUGUCCAAGUCCGUUUUCAUCGACCGUGGUAACAGCAAGACGGCCCGGGCUGCCUUCGACGGCGCCGCCAGCUUCAUGAAGAAUGAGAAGCAAAGCGUCUACAUCUUCCCGGAGGGCACUCGCUCCUACGCCGAAGGCCCCGAGCUUCUGCCUUUCAAGAAAGGCGCUUUCCACCUUGCAGUCCAAGCCCAGGUCCCCAUCGUCCCCAUCGUCGUCGCAAACUACAGCAAUGUGUUGAGCUUCAAGAAGAAGAUCUACAACAGCGGCGUCGUGCCUGUAAAGGUUCUUCCUCCCAUCCACACCAAGGGCCUGACUGCUGCCGACGUCGACCGUCUGACGACGCAAACGAGAGAGUCGAUGCUCAAGGCGUUGCAGGAACUUGCCCACAGCGAGAAGGGCGAGGCGGUCGCCAUGAAGGCGUCGGGUGCUGACCAUGCCCCUGCUGUGAAGAAGGAGUUGUAG